AGCAGAGUGGAGCCGGCGGAGAGCGCCGGGUCUGGCUGUGGUGGGCGGCGUGCUGGACGGCACACCAUGUACACCAUCACCAAGGGGCCUAGCAAACUGGUCGCGCAGCGCCGCACAGGUCCCACGCAGCAGCAGGUGGAAAGCAGGCUUGGCGAGCUCCUGAAAUGCCGGCAGCCGGCGCCGCAUACCGGACCGCCUCCCCGCGCGCAGUCCUCUGCGCACCCCGGCCCCUGGCCCCUGGCGAGUGCCCCUCUCACCUGAGGAGGAACCCAGAGCGGCGUGGGGCACCUGAGCCCAGGAAGGCGAGCAGGCCGGCCGGGACCGCGAGUGCCUGGCGGAGUGGCAGGCGCAGCCCAGGACUCCGGCUCCCACCUCCUGCUGUAGGUGGUUCCUGGGCCUGGCAGGCGCCUACCAUGUCCGUCUCCUCCCCCUCCUGCAGUCCGGGGCCGAGGCUGGUGUUCAAUCGAGUGAAUGCCCGGCGGCCCCUCGCCACCUCCCCAUCCCUCGAGGGGGCCCAGGAGACCUACACAUUGGCACACGAGGAGAACGUCCGCUUUGUGUCCGAAGCUUGGCAGCAGGUGGAACAACAGCUGGAUGGUGGCCCAGCCGGUGAGAGUGGUACAAGGCCUGUGCAAUAUGUGGAGAGGACCCCUGAUCCCCGGCUACAAAACUUUGUGCCCAUUGACUUGGAUGAGUGGUGGGCACAGCAGUUCCUGGCCAGAAUCACCAACUGUUCCUAGUGGUUGCCCGGAAACGAAUGCUGCCAUGGUGGACCCUUUGCCAGAAGAGGACCAUGGUGCCCUGUCUACCUUGUGGCCUGGCUGGGCACCAGCCACACCUGAAGUGCCAGCAUUUGGACUUUUGCACCUGUUGUUCCCUUGGCUUAGCUAUCCCAAGCUGCCAGGGCCAGGGGCCAAACCUGUCUGACCUCAAUCCUGCUCACUGUGCCCAGGGACCAGCCCCUGGGGCUGGCAGGGAGGAGCUCUAAGCUAAUAAAGUUGAGAAACUGCUGUUCGGACUUGGAGUUUGUAGGGCAUGUGUGUAUGAGUCCCCAGUCCCAGACUUCAGGCCCAGCCCAGCCUCCCCUUGUAGCUGCACCCCUUCUGGUACCCCUGAGCCAAGGGCUACAGCUCUGACCAACUCUGUCCCUUGGUUUCUCACCCAGUUGAACAAAGUGCUAGAGCCCUCAGCUGGCUCCCUUUGCUUGAAGUCUGUAGAUCCCACUCUGCCCCAUCAGACUGCACUCCCACUUUUUCCUGUUGGCAUUGAUUGGUACCAAACCUGAGCUUCAAGUCCCAGAGCCAAAGACAUUAAAGAACUUGCCCUGGAGCCAGGUGUCAGU